GUGGUUAUCACGGCGCCUGGUGCCCAAUGUCCAUCUGGGUACGAUCCUGCCCAAGGAGGCAGAGUGGGCAGAGUCAGCUUUUGGGAUCAUGCGAGGCGUAUGAGCUGGACCGUGGCCCAAGCAAUCGAGGGACAGAGGGGAGUCGGCAGAUUCGAGGAGUCGGCAGAUUCGAGGAGCCUGUCGCGCGGAUCCGUAGAGAGGCGACGACGAGAUCAGAGGUGGAGUGGAGGAUGCAGGAACUGCGACCCUCGCCUGUGGGACCAGAAGGCAGGCCGAUCCGUCUAGAGAUCGAAAACGUGGCAGACUUCAUCCCUGCUUUCGAGUGGUUCAUGCAGGGGCAGGGUAUACCGAGAGAUGAGUGGGCGAGGACGCUACCACUCUGGACCAGGAAGGUGGAAAGGCCGCUGGCUAGCCAAAUCAGAGACAUGGCCCGGGACUGGAAAAGCUGCAGGGCACAUCUAAGAGAGGCCUUUCGACGGCCAGAGUCCCCCCACCCCAGAGUCGAGAGACGUCAGAGGAGUCAGAGGUCAAGGGACCCUGAGCCCAGGGAGGAUGAGAAGCAUGAAGAGCAAGUAGAAGGGGUGCCACGAGAGGAGGUACCACAAGAGGAGGUGCCACGAGAGGAGGUGCCACGUGAGGAGGUACCACGAGAGGAGGUGUCACGAGAGGAGGCGCAGGGUACUCAGCAAGAGAGCAGGCUAGGCGAUAUAGGGAGACGUGCAGGGAAGGAAGUGAUAGAGGUUGGAGAGGACACACCCCCACAGGCGCCAGCAAUGGGUUUGAGACUCGGGGAUGCACCAGGGAGCGCCCGUCAGGCAGAGGAGAGAUUGCGGAGAGAGGAGUCCCCACUUCCUUCAUCAGAGAGGGCUCCAUCGCCAGAGGGGAGAGCCGGCAGGAGGAGAGAAGGGGCAGCUGUAAGGAGGGAAGCCUUGACCCUGAUUGAUAGGCACCUAGCAGCUUAUGCCCUGGAGCAUCCAGACCUGGAGGAGCCAGCACCUGCAGAGCCGUGCCGGGAGCUGUACCAACCCGAGAAGGAGAUGGAAGCAGAAAUCCCGAAGAGGGUCGACCUCCGCACGACGGAAAGGGCGCCAGCUGGAAAGACGGCUGAAGAAAAGAGAGCAAGAAGAACUAGACGGAUAGAUGAGAUAUGGCAGGAGAGGCAGAGGUUGGAGGCAGCGGGGGAGCUUCCGGAGCAGCAACAAGAGAGGCAGAGAUCGGAAGCAGCAGGAGCACUCCCAGGCACGUACCUGGGUUGGCGGGAGUCUGCGGGAUCAGCGGACUACAGGUUGUGGGUUGCGAGCCGCGGAAAACCAUUGUUGCUGUCUGCUAUGCCGCGGUGUACCACUGGUACUGUUGAAAGUGUAUGAGUCAUGUCUACUAGCUGCUGCUGCUGUCGCUGCUAACGGUUGUCAGGAGCUGCUACUGUGAACUAAGCACGAAUCAC